GAUAUUCCAGUAAGACACUAGUCCGUCUCAGAUUGGCUGUUUUAAAACCAAUAUCAAGUGGCCGGAUCGGACGCGUUUAUUUGACGCCUUCUCCAACAGAGAGACAAAGUCGCCGUUUUUUUUUUUUUUUGUAAACAGCCAGAAGCACCGGGGAUCCGUCGUCGGGGAUCUGAUCGCGGUGGUGGUGGGGAGGGGGGUGAGGAAAAAAACGCCGCCUUGUAUCCGCUACAGAGUGAUCAGAACAACCCCGAGAGACGAGCCAGGAAAGAGCCGAAGUGCAGAUCGGAGAGAGAGGCAAAAAAAGAGAGGGGGGUGGGUUUUGGGGGGAGAGAAAGCCGUGGACAGUCUCACACAAAACAGCGAUCAGUUUCGGUUCCUGGAGGAUGUCUGCGACCACAGUCGAUCAGAGACCUAAAGGACAAGGAAAUAAAGUGCAAAACGGAUCAAUGCAUCAAAAGGAUGGUGUGAAUGAUGAUGAUUUUGAGCCUUACCUAAGCGGCCAGACAAAUCAGAGUAACAGCUAUCCACCAAUGUCUGACCCCUACAUGCCUAGCUACUAUGCUCCAUCCAUUGGUUUCCCUUACUCUCUGGGAGAGGCGGCUUGGUCCACAGCAGGAGACCCUCCUAUGCCCUACCUAACUACCUAUGGACAGAUGAGCAAUGGCGAGCCGCACUUCAUCCCUGAUGGUGUGUUCAGCCAGCCAGGUGCCCUGGGGAACACCCCUCCCUUCCUGGGCCAGCAUGGCUUCAACUUCUUCCCUGGCAAUGCGGACUUUUCCACCUGGGGUACAAGUGUCUCUCAGGGUCAGUCCACGCAGACCUCAGUCUACAGUAACAGCUAUGGGUACGCCCCCAGCUCGCUGGGUCGGGCCAUUACGGACGGACAGGCAGGCUUCGGAAGUGACACCCAGCUUAGUAAAGUCCCGGUGCUGAACAGCAUUGAGCAGGGUAUGACAGGGUUAAAACUGGGUACGGACAUGGUGGCAGCUGUCACCAAAACCGUGGGCUCACCACUAGGAGGCACAGCAGGUAUGGGCAGCAUGGCGGCCAAUAGCCUCCCUCCGUCUGUCAGCUCAUCCGUACCUAAACCUGCCUCCUGGGCAGCCAUUGCCAAGAAGCCGGCCAAGCCACAGCCCAAGGUCAAACCCAAAGCCAACAUGGGGAUGGGGGGAGGCGCCACCAUUCCCCCACCCCCCAUAAAGCACAAUAUGAACAUUGGUACUUGGGACGAUAAGGGCUCUCUGAACAAGCCCCCGUUAGCUCAGACUAUGAUGCCCCCACAGCCUCUGGUGCAGCAGCCUCUCCUUGCUCAGCACCAGCCCUUACUGCAGAACCCAAUGCCCCCUCAGCCUCAACACCAACACCAACACCAACACCAACAUCAACAUCAACACCAGCCCCAACACCAACACCAACACCAACACCAACAUCAACACCAGCCCUUCCAGCUCCAGUCUCUCCAGUCUCCCCAACACCCCCAUUCUCUGCCCCCUGGCCCUCCUCACAUGCACCUCUCCUCUCAACCUGGCCCCCCACAGGCCCUUCAUCAGCAACAGCCCCAGCCGCCUGGUCCACCCCCCAACCGUUGGGUGGCUCCCAGGAACCGGGGCGAGGGCUUUGGCCUGGGUGGGGGAGUCCCACUGAGUGCCUCCCCUUGCUCUGGAGAAGUGCAUCCCGUGCUGGAGAAACUCCGUGCCCUCAACAACUACAACCCCAAAGACUUUGACUGGAACUUGAAAAACGGACGUGUUUUCAUUAUCAAGAGCUAUUCGGAAGAUGACAUCCACCGCUCAAUCAAGUACUCUAUCUGGUGUAGUACAGAACAUGGCAACAAGCGCCUGGAUGGUGCCUACCGCUCACUGGGCAACAAGGGGCCCCUGUACUUGUUGUUCAGCGUCAACGGCAGUGGGCAUUUCUGUGGCGUGGCUGAGAUGCGCUCACCGGUGGACUACAAUGCCUAUGCAGGCGUCUGGUCUCAGGACAAGUGGAAGGGCAAGUUUGAGGUGAAGUGGGUUUUCAUCAAAGACGUGCCCAACAACCAGCUGCGACACAUCCGGCUGGAGAACAAUGACAACAAGCCAGUGACCAACUCCAGGGACACUCAGGAAGUGCCUCUGGAGAAGGCUAAACAAGUGCUUAAAAUUAUCGCCACUUACAAGCAUACCACCUCAAUCUUUGAUGACUUUGCACAUUAUGAGAAACGUCAGGAAGAGGAGGAGGCUCUGAGGAAGGAGCGCAAUAGAAAUAAACAGUAACCUUCAAGCAAGCUCUCUGCUAGAACUGCAACACUAAUUACAUAGGACCUUAAAUAAAAAAUUGCCUAACCACAAGGAGGAAAGGCUCUCACGAUCUUUCCGCUGAAGAUGACAAUGUAUCUGAACACUUGAACAUGACAAUAGAUGGACUCAUCUGUAUCCGUUGACUGGUGCAUCAAACCCUGUGUUCCUGUCUCACGAGAAAAAGAACGUAACCCACUUUGAAAACUCUGUCUUUAAAGCACUUUCAGUCCUUCUAAACAGCCUCUACCAACACCCUUAACUCUCUAACUCUGUGUUCUUCUUCUUUGAUUUCUGUUUGUGAGCAACUAACUGACUAACCAAAGUAGUCAGAAGAUUUCACCAGGCUCAUUUGUAAUUUUUGUAAUGCCUCAAAUGUUUGGGAUAUUGGUGAGCUUCAUCAGCUCUUGAAGAGAAUUAGAGAUAUGUAUGAAUUAAUCUUUUACUUGAAUCUGUAUUCAGCUGUCUGAUCAUCCUCAGACAGAGGUUUGGAUGAUUGACAGGUGGGAUGAACUAAUUGGGAAACAGCCACAAUCAUGCCAAUCAUAGGAUGUAUCCUCCCCCCUACCUGUUCCCUUCCUUUCUGCAUCUGUUUCUGUGUACCAAAAGAUUACAAUUAUGCAGCAGGCUGGCAAUCACCGGCCAGCGCACAUCUUUGGUUUUUUCUCUCUUGUGAUUCUGUCAUUCUGAAGUGCAUUUGUCUGAGGAGAAACCUGCUGCCCUGGUAGAACUAGCGGUGGCCUCCUUGGGCCCUGUGGGUGACUGUCUUUGCUCUGAUGUUGAUGUACUCUACUGUACCUCAGGCUCAAUCAGACUGUCUGUCCUCAACGACUCUUAGCACUUUUGGGAGAACCCCCGCAUCACCCCUCCUGCUCGGCUUGACUGGGAUUCUCCCAAAACUGCAAGACAUCAACUGCAACGAUGUGACAGUUUUCUCCUCUAGGUAACUCACUAGCUAAAUAAAAUUUACCCAUGUUUAGCGCAAA